CAAAAAUUCAACGACAGCUACGUAGAACCAGCCUUUGUACCCAGAUCUAGCUUCGAGUUCCUUUGCAUUCUUUGCAGAUUGUUAUCAUGGAGCCCGACAUUGAGAUGGACAUCCAGUCCAGGCCCAUUUCCCCCACUUUGCCACUACCCGACAACUCCUCGAGCCAAAUCCUCCACAAAACAUCUUCGAAACAAGAUGCAGAAGUACAGGUCGCUAGCAAUGUCAUACCAAGAAGUAAAUUCCGGAUGUUCGCCAUUCUGACUGCGCUGUUUCUUUCCCUUUUUGUCGCUGCUCUGGACGCUACGAUAGUUGCUACCGCAGCGCCCACAAUGUCUCAUGACCUGCACUCAGCAGCAGGCUAUACUUGGAUUGGAGGCGCUUUCCUCCUCGCCAAUGCCGCAUCGGGACCUAUCUGGGCCAAGUUGUCAGAUAUUUUCGGCCGCAAACUCGUCAUGCUGCUUGCACUAGCUGUGUUCUUCGCUUCAUCGGCCGUGUGUGGGAGUGCCGCGACCAUGGAGGCGCUCAUCAUCGGUCGCGCGUUUCAGGGUGCUGCUGGUGGUGGCUUGAUUCUGUUGGUGCACGUUUGCAUUAGCGACAUGUUUAGUUUGAGACAGAGAAGUCUGCUGCUUGGACUGACAGAGGGAAUCUGGGCGCUGGCUGGGGGUAUCGGACCGAUCCUAGGUGGUGUAUUUGCAAGUGUGGUAAACUGGAGAUGGUGCUUCUGGAUCAAUCUGCCGAUUAGCGGACUUGCAGCUAUCCUGAUCCUGAUAUUUCUGGAUAUCAAGCAUGAGCACACGUCUUUCAUCGAAGGUAUGAAGGCGAUCGACUGGCUGGGCAUGUUUACCUUCCUCGGAUGCACCCUCAUGGUCCUGCUUGGUCUUGACUUUGGAGGCGUCCUCUUCCCCUGGGAUUCGGCAAAAGUCAUCGCGUUGCUCGUCGUUGGUGGCUGCAUGAUCUUCGCUUUCAUUUAUAGCGAGGCGAAAUUCGCCAAGUACCCUUUGAUCCCUAUGUCUCUGUUCAAGAACAAGACGAAUGUGGCUACUUUCUUGGUGGUCUUUUUUCAUGGCAUUGUGUUUAUUGCGUCUGAGUACUACAUGCCCUUGUUCUUCCAGUCUGUCUUAGGAGCCUCUCCACUUUUCUCUGGUGUGCUCCUACUACCACUCAUUCUCACCACAGCUAUGAUCGGUGUCCUGUGCGGUGUAAUCAUUCAUCGUACUGGACGCUUCCGAGAGAUCAUGUGGGUCGGCUGCGCCUUCAUGUGCUUAGGGACUGGUCUCUUCAUUCUAUUCGAUCCCAAAACAACCACUGCGCAGGCAGUCGGUUUCCAGAUUAUCGUUGGUCUGGGGCAAGGCAUGCUCUUUGAAUCACCACUCAUCGCGAUCCAGAGUCAGGUCAAACAGGCUGACGUAGCGACUGCUACUGCAACGAUGGCGUUUGUGCGCAACAUCGCCGUCUCAAUCUCAGUUAUUGUUUGUGGGACAAUCUUCCAAAACUCGAUGUCGAACAGAAACGGCUACCUACGCGCUGUUGGUCUGCCACAAGAUGUGCUGGAUCUGCUGGACGGCGAGAACGCGUUAGCAAAUGUCAUGGUACCAAGUACACUCGAAAAUCCAGCGUGGGUGUUUGCCGCGAAACAGGUGUUUGCUUGGGCAACGCGGAAUAUGUGGAUCAUGGUGACCGUAAUCGGCUUUUUGGCGCUUGUCGCCAGUGCGUUUGUCGAUGCCGCACAUCUGGAUACCGAGCAUGAGGAGACCGUGACUGGUCUACGGAAAGAGAAAGGACCAUCUACACCAGAGACAGUUUCAACCUGAGCUAGCGACUAGUGAUUCACUGGAUAGCUCAUGGUGACUGAUAGAUGGAGACGAGCUAGAUAUACUUGGACAGGAUACAGAUUCGAUGUCGCGGAAACAGGAUAAAGGGGUGGGGCUUAUUGAAGUGCUAUUUGCCAAGAUCUUUCUUAAGAUCUGGACAGCACAAUAGCAGACAUUUCUGUUACUCAACGUUACUCCGAGAAGCGAUCACAAAGCAAGCUAUAAUCAACAGCGUGCGACCGGCAUUAUUAUUGGUCCCAGUGGCUUGACUGCAAGGGACAACUCCACCUAUAACGCAGCGAUUUCCUAAAAGGGAUCUUCGUAGACGUGGGGAUUGCCCUGAGUCAAGAAAAUCUUUGCAGUAUUUGUCUAAGCCUUCUUUUGACGGGUCGAUAGCUGCGAACAAAUCUGGAGAGAAGAUUCAAC